AUGGACGAGGAAAAUGGAAGUAAAGCUGAUUUACAACUUGAUACUUUUGGUGAAACUGAUGAUGGCACAUUUGGAGGAGACGACAGGAGCUCGAUUCAAGCGGAGGACGAGCUCCGAACUAAAGAAAAGACACCGACCCUCUCCGCGCAAACACCGGCCCUGUCCGCGCACACACCGGCCCUGUCCGCGCACACAGCGUCUGUCAAAGGAGGCAGCGCAGCGAGUAACCCCGAAACUGUGGUCAACUUUUUACGCAGUUUUCUCUGCCAGAUGGAAAUGAUUGAUACUCUGGACUGUUUUGAAGCUGAAUGGUAUGACAUGGUAAAGAAUGGACAAAUUGAUGCUAACCGAGUUGAUAUGAUGCCAAAUGUGUACAUCCAAAACCGUCAUUUGGAAAACGAGCUGAAAAACGUCCAAAAGGAGAUAGAGGUGUACAGCCAGACCAUCACUGCAGCUGAGGAGGAACUGGUCAAGAUCCAAAAGGCCAGGGACCAUCAGUGGCUCAGACACAAGCGCGUAAUUCAGGAGAAAAACAAGCUUAUCGAGGAUAUAAGAAAACUCACAGUCCAAUGCAAUGAAUAUCAGCCUAAAAUCAAGCAAAUGAAUGAGAAAUAUCAAAAACUUGUGCAACAGACAAUGAAUGCCACAAUAGAAAGGGACAAGGCUUUGGUCCAAGCAAAAAAGCACAGCAAAAACCCUCAACAAGACCCUGCAUCACAUAUGGAAGAUAAACAAACCAAGUAA